GUGCUUUUCCCAAGAAAUUUCAAUGUUGAUGAUUUAAAAUCCUAUUUAAAAAGACAGUUCGCAGUAAAUAAUAACUUCAUUUAAUAAUAUAUUGAAUUAAAACUAGAAACAUGGAAGUCGGCCACCAGAAACCAAAGAAAAGACCGACGAAAAUAGAAGAGAUGACUAAGGAACAAAUCCGUCAAGCUAUUCUGAAGAAACGAGAGUGCAAUGCAAAAGCUCAACAGAUUGUCGAAAGCCUCUUGGAACCGAGCGUUACGGAAACAUACUUUCUGCAAUGCCUGCCCGACAUUAACCAAACUCAUUUCGAAGAUAUCUUCGAAGAACGGUCCAUUAUUCACUUGUGUGGCUAUCCAAUUUGCCCGAAGACAUUGUCAAAGAAAGAUAUACCUAAGCAGAAGUACAGAAUAUCAUUAAAAACUAAUAAAGUUUAUGACAUCACUGCCAGGAAGAACUUUUGCAGCAACACCUGUUACAAUGCUGCUAUGUUUGUCAAGAAACAGAUGUUGACCAGCCCGCUAUGGUUCAGAGAGUAUGAAGUUAUUCCAAAAUUCCACCUUUUGAAGCUUGAUGCAGUUGGUUCAAUGGGUGAGGAAGUGGAUGUGACACUCAUUGAACGAGUAAAAAUCUCUGAAAACAAAACAUUUACUUCAAUCAAUGAUUUCACUAAUGCAAGUUUAAAUGAAAUGGGUCCAUCAAUGGACAAACAAACUAAUGAAGAAACAAGUACCGAUAAACAGCUGGAAGGAGUUGACAGUAACUAUCAGGCUGAUGUUAUUAAAGCUAUUGCUUCUAUAAAUGAGGGAAUUGAGAAUAUUGACCUAAAUGGUAAUGAUAACAAAAAUACAUCUGAUACACAAAGUGUUAGUGAUAGUUCCCAAGAGAAAAAAGAGACAGAAGCAGAUAAAAAAGUUAGCCUUGAUUCAACAAAACCUGAAGAAGACAAACCCACUAAUAAAGUUGUCAAACCUAAAACAAAUCCGCUAAAUAUAGUUGGUGAAAUUAUAGAAAAACCUGAAAGGAAAAUUGACCCAAUAUUAACAACCCCUGUUAACAUACCAAACAUUGAAAAAGAAAACAAACCCAGUAAAAAGGUGGUACAGAAAAAGCAACCUUUGGUAACAGCACUAACUAUUGAAGUUGAAAAAUGUUUGGGUGAAUGGUUUACAUUGGACACUCUCCUCUUGUUAUUUGGGGAAGAAAAGGUAAGAGAAAUGGUAGCAGAUAAAGGAGAUUGUAUUAGGGAAUAUCUGAAUAAUUAUGCUAAAGGGAUAUUCUACAAUUCUAAUGUUUACGACCAGUACCAAGCCCUUUGUAAGAAACUCAACAUGCUAGAGUUGGAAGAUAGGAAGUUUGACAACCAAACACUGAAGAGAGAGACCAAACCUUUGCCGGACUAUACUAUGCUGCAGGAAGAGAGUAAGAAGAUGCAGCUGAAAGUUAAAGCUUUCUUCUCUGGAGAGUUGGAAGUACCAGAACCAGUAGCUGAAGACCCUAUCCAGUCUUCAGAUUUAGUUGAUGAGGAAAACACAACAAACUUACCCUUAGUAGACAAGAAUUCUCAAAAUGCUUUGCGUAGAAGAAUAGUUUGUCAACACUUGAACAAAGCAUUACCUGACAUCCUCCGGUCUCUUGGUCUACUCAGUCUUUCCAUAAGUUCUGAUAUUCGUUUGUUAGUGAAUACUUUCAAUUUAAAGGCAAAUAAUAUUAUGUUUAAGCCCAUACAGUGGACAUUGAUAGCCAUUAUAUUUAUAAAGCUAUUGUCUCUACGGGAUAAGAGGCUGGAACAUCUGUUAGAGCAACCUACUGCAUACCAGCACAUGCAGCUGUUAUUGCUUAGUUACAAGCAAGAUGGUGGUUAUUUGGAUAGACUUAUAUGUUGGCUUACUGAUAUAGACAGACUAUUAGAUACUAGUGAUACACAACUGACUCUAGAAUAAAUGAUGAUACUUAAUUUAUUAAUAUUGUUUUUUACU